GGAGGAGGAGGAGGAGGAGAAGAAGAAGAAAAAGAAGAAGAAGAAGAAGAAGAGGAGGGAGAAGAGAAGGAGGAGGCCAAACGGACACCAACUGAAACAAAAGUAUUUCCAAACCAGCACCCAACUCCACCUUGUGUGGCUCCCACAGCAUGGCUUCCGAGGAACUCUACGAGGUAGAGAGAAUUGUUGACAAGAGGAAAAACAAGAAAGGAAAAACAGAGUAUUUGGUGCGAUGGAAAGGCUACAACAGCGAAGAUGAUACUUGGGAGCCAGAACAGCACCUUGUCAAUUGUGAGGAAUAUAUACAUGAAUUUAACAGACGCCACAAUGAAAAGCAGAAAGAAAGCACAUUAACCAGGACAAACAGGACCUCUCCAAAUAAUGCCAGAAAACAAAUUUCUAGGUCUACCAAUAGUUCUUUUUCAAAGACGUCUUCUAAAUCUUUAGUUAUGGCUAAAGAACACGAGUCAAAAAAUAGUCAACUUUUUUCUGCCACACAGAAGUUCCGGAAAAACAAUUCACCAUCUCUUUCUGGACGUAAAAAUAUGGACCUUGCAAAAUCAGGUAUUAAAAUCCUUGUGCCCAAAAGUCCAAUUAAGAGCCGGACAACAGUUGAUGGCUUCCAGAAUGAAAGCCCAGAUAAAAUGGACCAUAUAGAGCAAGAUCAAGAUGACUCUGUAGCACCAGAAGUAGCAGCAGAAAAGCCUGUGGGAGCUUUGUUAGGCCCUGGUGCAGAGCGUGCUAGGAUGGGGAGCCGACCAAGGAUACAUCCAUUAGUGCCACAAUUGCCAGUGCCAGUAACAGCCACAAUUCCGUCAGCAUUAACAAUAAAUGGAAAAGCAUCUCCCUGUAUCCUUACCAGUGUUCUUUACUUCCUAUUUUCUUGUACACCCACAUUUAUGGAAGCAUUAGCAGCCAAUGGUACAACCAACAUCCAGACAUCUGUAACAGGAGUGACAGCCAGCAAACGAAGGUUUAUUGAUGACAGGAGAGAUCAACCCUUUGAUAAAAGGCUACGUUUCAGCGUGAGACAAACGGAGAGCGCGUACCGGUACAGAGACAUUGUUGUCAGGAAACAAGACGGAUUCACACACAUUUUACUAUCAACAAAAUCAUCUGAAAAUAAUUCAUUAAAUCCAGAGGUAAUGAAGGAAGUCCAAAGUGCACUGAACACAGCAGCUGCAGAUGACAGUAAACUUGUGCUGUUCAGUGCGGUUGGUAGCAUUUUCUGCUGUGGUCUUGAUUUUAUUUAUUUUAUACGACGUUUAACGGAUGAUAGAAAGAAGGAAAGCACUAAGAUGGCAGAAGCUAUUAGGAAUUUUGUGAAUACUUUUAUUCAGUUUAAGAAGCCUAUCAUUGUAGCAGUAAAUGGCCCAGCCAUUGGACUUGGAGCAUCUAUAUUGCCUCUGUGUGACGUGGUUUGGGCCAACGAGAAGGCCUGGUUUCAGACACCAUACACUACUUUUGGACAAAGUCCAGAUGGAUGUUCAUCCCUUACAUUCCCUCGGAUAAUGGGCCUGGCUUCUGCCAAUGAAAUGUUGUUCAGUGGAAGGAAGUUGACGGCGCAGGAAGCUUGUGCCAAAGGACUCGUCUCCCAAGUGUUCUGGCCAGGAACAUUCACACAGGAAGUAAUGGUUCGAAUUAAAGAACUAGUCACAUGUAAUUCAGUUGUACUUGAAGAAUCCAAAGCUUUAGUACGUAACAUCAUGAAGGUGGACUUGGAACAAGCAAAUGAAAAGGAGUGUGAAGUUUUGAAGAAAAUCUGGGGCUCAGCACAAGGGAUGGACUCAAUGUUAAAAUAUCUGCAGAACAGAAUUGAUGAAUUCUGAUGAGAUGCCCGUGACACUGGAAUUGUAUUUCUUGGACAUCAGGGCAAGCAAAAUAUGCCCUUUUAAAAAACCCGUAUAUAAACUAACCCCUUGCUCAGCUUGGGAACAGGAGUGGAUACACACCCCCCUCCCCUUUUAUUGUCAAGGGGUUUAAAAGUACUGUAUCUCUUAAAUUUGAACAAAACUCCUUUCUCCCUGAUUGUUACAUGCAGAUGUAUACACACACAAGUGUAUGUGUGUGCAUAUAUCUAUAUAUGUCUUUUAUAUAUAUAUAUAUUUAUAUAUAUAUAGAUAUAAAUGUAAUAUGUGUGAGAGUGUGUAUGUAGACACACACACACAAGGUAAAAAAUGAUAGAGUGCACUACCAAACAUCUCUUUAAAAGCUCUAGUUUUUGUUAUCUUUGGUUAGUACUGUAUCAAAUAGGGAAUUAAUUAAAAAGUGAAUGGUGUUGCAUUAUUUUCUGUGUGGCAGGGAAGUCUGGAGUAAUGCUUUUCUUUUUCAUGAGAAUACAGAACUGAAACGGGUAUUAGCCAGCCCUUGCUUUCUCUGCCCAAUGAGUCAGCUUAGAGAAAAGGCAUUGUCUCAGAAGAAGGUUGAAAUACCUCAAGUAAUGAAACAUUCUAAAACUUCGGGGUAACUAAACCCUAUUAUGCUUAAAUCACACAUACCCCAAAAAAGAGAGUGUGCUCAGGAUUAAUGCUAAGGAAACACUCUGUUAUUUUUUGGGGGGAGGUAUAGAGGGGUGGGAGGAAGGGGCCGGAGUAUGUCUGAUUCUUACCCAGACAGCAUGAAGAAACCACUGUCUCUUAGGGAAAGGGAAUGAGGGAGAGCCAGAGGGAAAUGGAAGGGGGAAGGAAGAAAAAAAAACCAACUCAAAAAAAGCUUGUUUUGCAGUAUUAGUGAAUCACUGAAUAUCUUCUGUAUGAAUAUCCUAAGUUAUAAGUUAGUUUUAGUGGGUUUUUAAAAAGCCUCUCUGGGUUUUUUUUUUGUUGUUGUUGUUUGUUUGGGGUUUUUUGUUUGUUUAUUUGGGGUUUUAAUAACUACGUAAGUGCUCCUGUUGCUGGGUGAAAAUACUACUUUAUAUACAGUUUGGGUUUUGUUUUUGGUUCUUUUUUCCUGUUUGCUGGUUUAAUUGAUGUAUUACACCAAAAAAACAAAUUUUAUGUUCAUAAAUUUUAGGUUCACUUAGAAUAUAUUAUUUAAUAAGUUAAAAUUCUUUUGGCACACUAUUAAGUUAAAAAAAAAAAAAAACUCUUAAAAAAAACUACCUUAUAUUAGAUGUUUAAUGUUCUUUGUCUAUGCUUUUUUUAUUAUUUGAAAUAUACACUAUAUGCAGUAUGGUGUAAAAGAGUGCCCUGUGUAAAUAGACCUAUUUUGCAUUCCUUUCAGGAGUGGUUAUUGAUUCCUGACUGCAGAUAUCUAUUAUUACUUGGGUAUCUGUGCUUGCAAUCUUAUUGAAUGUAUUAUGAAGAAUGAAAGUUGAAUCAAACCUUAUUUUUGUACAGUUUUGAACUUUUUACUUGGAACUGACCCACCUCCCCUUCCCAGUGGAAAGCUGUACAGUGUGUAAAUCUGCCUUUACCUUGGAUUGGUACAGUAUUUUUGCAUCUGUGGGACCUAUUUCUUUGUUCUAGUAGUUUGAACUAUAUAUAAACUGUACAAUCUGUAAAGUUUUUAUAGAAUAAAUAUUCAGCUGUGAAAACUGGUUAAAUAAAACUAAUAUUUCUUAACACAUUUUAAA